AUUAAGAUGAUCCAACUGCUUAGGGGGUGAGAAUGUGGACAGCAAGUUGGAGUCCUCGACACAGCAGAUGCCAAAGGACCAGUCAAAAGAUUAUGAGAUAACAAUUCCCUUCCUUUUGAAUGGAGACCAGUGGAGACCAGUAAAUGGCAUUUAUUCAAAGGAGCACCCAGCGCUGCUGCAGUUUGUAAUACAAGCUGAAAGUAAACACCUAGUCAUCAAUCUGGAGAGGAAUGAGGGCCUGUUAGCCAGCAGCUUCACAGAAACACAUUAUUUGAGAGACGGCACUCAUGUGGUUCUCGCACGCAAUUACACGGGUCACUGCUAUUACCACGGCAAUGUACGGGGGUACCCCGACUCCUCAGUCAGUCUCAGUACCUGCUCUGGACUCAGGGGAAUUAUUGUAUUUGAAAACAAAAGCUACAUUCUGGAGCCAUUAGAAGGUGCUACAAGUGAACACAAGAUCUACCGAGCAGGGAAUUUGAAAAUAGCCCCAGGAUCUUGUGGCCACCAGCUGGACAUCUCUGCCGUGAGAGCUAACGACAGUGACACAUCACACCAUUCUCAAGCUGGCAGGUACAAGAGGGAGACUCUGAAGACAACCAAGUAUGUGGAGCUUGUUAUUGUGGCAGAUAAUCGUGAGUUUCAGAGACAAGGCAAGGAUGUGGAAAAAAUUAAGCAGAGACUGAUAGAAAUUGCAAACUAUGUCGAUAAGUUCUAUAGGCCACUAAAUAUUCGUGUAGCCCUGGUUGGAGUGGAAGUAUGGAACGACAUGGAUAAGUGCUCUAUUUCUCAAGACCCUUUCACCAGCCUCCAUGAGUUUCUGGACUGGAGAAAGCUAAAACUACUACCUCGUAAACCCCAUGACAACGCACAGCUGAUAAGCGGGGUGUACUUCCAAGGGACCACCAUUGGCAUGGCGCCCAUAAUGAGCAUGUGCACUGCAGAGCAGUCUGGAGGGGUCGUCAUGGAUCACUCAGAAAACCCUCUAGGUGCAGCAGUCACACUGGCUCAUGAACUGGGACACAAUUUUGGAAUGAAUCAUGAUACAUUGGAGAGGGGCUGUAACUGUAAAGCACCUACUGAUAAAGGGGGUUGCAUCAUGAACCCCUCGACUGGCUAUCCAUUUCCCAUGGUAUUCAGUAGCUGCAGUAGAAAGGACCUGGAAAAUAGCCUGGAAAAAGGAGUGGGAAUGUGUCUGUUCAACUUGCCUGAAGUCAAGGAGUCCUUUGGUGGUCAGAAGUGUGGGAAUGGCUAUGUGGAAGAUGGAGAGGAGUGCGACUGCGGGGAGCCUGAUGAAUGUACAAACCGGUGCUGUAAUGCCACUACCUGCACUCUGAAACCGGGAGCAGUGUGUGCACAUGGACUUUGCUGUGAAGACUGCCAGCUAAAACCAGCGGGGAUUUCUUGCAGAGAGUCAAGCAACUCCUGUGAUCUGCCAGAGUUUUGCACGGGAGCCAGCCCUCACUGCCCAGCCAACGUGUACCUGCACGACGGGCACGCGUGCCACAGGGUGGACGGUUACUGCUACAACGGCAUAUGCCAGACCCACGAGCAGCAGUGCAUCACCCUCUGGGGCCAAGGUGCGAAACCUGCUCCUGGGAUCUGCUUUGAGAGAGUCAAUUCUGCAGGUGAUCCUUACGGCAACUGUGGCAAAGACUCCAAGAGCUCCUUUGCUAAAUGUGAACCCAGAGAUGCCAAAUGUGGAAAAAUCCAGUGUCAAGGAGGUGCAAACCGACCUGUAAUUGGUACCAAUGCUGUUUCCAUAGAAACCAAUAUCCCACUUCAGGAAGGUGGCAAGAUUCUGUGUCGUGGUACCCACGUGUACUUGGGUGAUGAUAUGCCCGACCCUGGUCUCGUGCUGUCAGGAACCAAGUGCGAAGAUGGAAAAAUUUGCCUUAAUCGCCGGUGCCAGAAUACAAGUGUUUUUGGUGUACAUAAAUGUGCAACAAAGUGCCAUGGACGUGGAGUCUGCAACAAUAAAAAGAACUGUCACUGCGAGGCUGACUGGGCACCCCCCUACUGUGACAAGCCAGGGUUUGGUGGCAGUAUGGACAGCGGGCCAAUUAGACAAGCCGAUAAUAAGAGUUUAACCAUAGGAGUGCUGAUAACCAUCCUGUGCCUUAUCUUUGCUGGAUCAAUCAUGUAUCUGAAAAGGAAGACUUUCAUGAGAUGGUUGUUUACAAGUAAAAAGACGACAAUAGAGAAACUAAGGUCCGUGAGUCCAGCAAGACCUUCCAGUUCAUCUGACCCUAAUCAUGUUCAUACCACAUCUCUCAGCAAAAAUCUCAUCACGAAGCCACAAAAUACAAACAUACAAAAAAGAGAGGGUCCAAGAAGACCGCUGCCAUAUCAGAUCAUUGACAUUAGUAACCCUGUGAAGACACAUGAUUUACCACAAUUAAAAACACCGCAGCGAGUCCUGCCACCCCUUCCCCAGCUGCCCUGUCACCAAGCUGUGCCUGAAAGACCCUUGCCAGCUAACCCUUCGCUGAGGUUUGCCCAGGAAAGGCACAAACCAAACCCUCCUCAGAAGCCGCUACCAGCAGACCCUCUGACCAAAGCCCGCUAUAGCAGCGCGUGCACAGCAGUGUCUGGACACACAAAAGUUCUGCCGCACGUUACUCCUCUGAGACCAGCUCCUAAGCAUCCACCACAGGUAUCCAGGUCCAGCAACACUGCUGAUGUGAAAUGACAAGAAAAUCUGACACCUUUAUUUUAAAAAGUGAAGACAGAAGUUUGCACUAUCUUUAAACUCCAGCUGGAGUUCAUUUUUUUAUGACAAUACUUAGAAUUUUUAAUGUUUAAAACAGCAUUAUUUUUAAGAAUUCUGAGCUACUGCCUUUGGUGCUGUGCUGUGCUAUGGUGCUCUGUAUACUUGCUCAGGUACUUGUAAAUUAUUAAUUUAUGUUGAAUAUUUAUUACAGUGCAGUGCACUGUAGUAGAUAUUUUUACCAUAGCUGAGUUUUCCUAAAAAGGAAGCCUUUUUUUUUUUUUUUGUAAUAUUUCAUUGAACUUGAAUAAUUCUGCUCUAUUGGUCCUAUGUAAUGUGUUUAGUUUUGAUCUGUUCUUUAAGGAGUGCCAAUACUCAUGGAUAAAUCAAAUGUAUAAACAACUCAAUCUCGAUGGUUCAUAACAAACUUUUGAAUAAAUAUGUCAGGGUA